AUGCAGCCAGGGCAACAGCAGGGGCAGAAAAGGCAGCAGGGGCAACAGACAGCAACAGACGAGACAACAGUGAGGAGCACGGGGGCAUCUGCAGAGGCAGCAGCAACAACUGGGGCAUCAGGAGGGGCAAUAAAGGCAGUUGGGGCAACAGCAAGGACCACACGGGCAAGAGCAAGGGCCGCAGGGGCAUCUGGACUAUCACCAGGGGCAGCAGUAACAACAGCAGCAACAAAUGAGGUAUCAAAUGCAAUUGAGGCUACAUUAAAGACAGCAGGGGCAACAGGGGCAUCUGAGCUAUUAGCAGGGGUAGGGACAACAAGGACAACUGAAGCAACUGGAAAGAACACACAGGCAACAACAGGGGCAAAAGCUAAAGGGAGGCAACAGGAGGGGCAGCAGGGGCAUCAACAAGACCAGAAGAGGCAACAACAGGGGCAACAAGGGCAAAGUCAGGGGCAAGAAGAGCAACAGCAGUAUCUAUGGCAACAGGGGAACCAGGAGGGGCUACCGUGGCAGGAGGGGCAACAGCAAGAACAACAGGUACAACAACAAGGGCAGGAGGUGCAACAGCAGCUACACCAGGGGCAAGAGUCUCGCGCCCCCUUCCCGGCCUCGCUGCUCGCCUCUCUCUCGCCAGAGCAGGUCGCGUGCGUGUGCGAGGCGCUGCUCCAAAGCGGCCGCACGUCGCGCCUGGCGAGUUUUCUGUGCGCGCUCCCGCUGGACCUCCAGCCCCGCGCGCCCGAGAGCGUGCUGAGAGCGCGCGCGCUCGUUGCGUUCCAUCAGGCGCGCUACCGCGAGCUCUACGCGCUGCUGGAGCGCCACAGCUUCAGCGCCGCGAGCCACCGCGCGCUGCAGGACCUGUGGUUCCGCGCGCGCUACAGUGAGGCAGAGAGCGCGCGCGGCCGCCCGCUGGGCGCCGUGGACCGGUUCCGCGUGCGCAGGAAGUUCCCGCCGCCGCGCACCAUCUGGGACGGGGAGCGCACGCUCUACUGCUUCCGCGAGAAGAGCAGGCGCGCGCUCAGGGAGGCGUUCGCGCGCAACCGGUACCCGAGCGCGCGCGAGAAGCGGGAGCUGGCCGGGAGAACGGGGCUGAGCGAGACGCAGGUGAGCAACUGGUUCAAGAACAGAAGACAGAGAGAGCGGAAACCCAGAGAGGCGCGCGGCACCAGUGAGUCUGACGGUAACCCCACCAGUGAAGAUGAGGGCAGGAAAGGUCUGGAGGAUCUCUCUCCUCUCUCAGGCUCUAUGGAUGGGACAGAAAAUCACCAGGUCACAGAGGUCAUCCUCCAGCCACUGGGGGGCAGGAACAGCCCAGAAUCUUUUACAGAACUCAUCUUCAGUAAUGCCAACCAUCAUGAGGCCAUCAACCACAGCGAACUCUCCACCUACAUCCAGUCUCCACUGAACCUCGACAGUGGACUGCACCUUGAGCUUCAGUCUAUGGCUUAUGGGCCUGUCCAGAGGUUUCUAACAGACAGCGCUGAAGCAGAUAAGGUGGUUGAGGAAGACGUGAAUGGAUCAGAAGACAAAGCUGAAGGUGUGCUGCCAUACGCCAGCUUCCAAAACUGCAUGAAAGGACCUGAACUGAAAUUAAAAGGGGUAAAUUUGGGCCUGGUGGCCCAGAAUGAGGCUCCAGGCUCAGGAUUAACCCACAGUCCAGUGUCAUUAUCAGAGAAGAUCCAGUCUGAAAGCUACGGCCUGGUGCCUGAGCCUAGAAAUGUUGGAGGAAGUGAUGAAGCCUUGAUGUUUGGCCUUACUUCUCUUGAGUCUCCUUCAUUGUCCUCCCCUGCUCCAACAACAAGAGCUCCAGCACCAUUGGUAAGCGUCGCCACUAGCACCCCUGUGGCUAACUCCCAGGUCAGCCUGACCCCUCUGCAGUCCAGCAUGGCUCUCUACAGCCUGGACAACACUCCAGCACUGACCCCUAUCAAACAGGAGGCGGCAGAGAGCGAGAGUAACCCGGAUCAUCGACACACACACCUGAGCUACAGACACACACCUUUACAUUUACACUCCGAGCACGUCAGCACACCGCUCCUCACACAGGUGGACCUAACGCUGGUCAGAUGUCACAACCCCAUCAUGGACUACCUGUGCUCUGUAUCAGAAUACAGGCAGUCGAGGACAGAAGGAAAACACCUGGCACAUCUGCAGCCUGUCCACACGGAUCAGAACCUGACUGACCUCUGACCUGAGUCUCAGCUGUUUCACAUUGUUGGUUUAUUUUAGUUUUUGAUACUUUUAUGCACGAAAAAUGUAAAUGCAUUGAAUUUACUUGAUUCAAACACACAGUGGGCCAAAUGUUUUGAAGUGGCGCAAAUGCACUGCAAUGUAACGUGUGUGCAGUCACUUCGCACGUGCGCAAGAGGGCGCCACUGAGCAGGCUUUAGCACAGCAAAGCGCUUAUUUAAAAGUAAACAGCGGCGCGUUUAGACACUCUGUUAUGUUUCGUUCUCGGCGUCCUUUUCAACGAAUGUGCGGAGCCUGAUGAAAUGGGUCUAAAUUACAUGAA